AUGGCGUGGAAAUCGCUGUUGAUCCUUUCGCAGUUGGGCCUAGUAGCGUCCCUCGCACCAGGAGACUGCGCGUUUGUUGGUAUCUACGGCGACCAGGACGAUUUUGCCCUGGUCUUGAUGGAGGAUACGGAUGGCGAGGUGCUCUCUUUGACGGAGGAGUACCCCACCAAUGAUCAUUUCAAGGUCAGCAAGUCGGUUGUGGCCAAGAAACACGUCAGCGAAGCCAAGAGGGGAACAGUCUUGAAGAAGGCAGAUUUCGAGGCCGAUUCGGCGUCUUUCGUGGCUCCUACCGCCCUGACCGUCUUCACAGGAAGCCAAGAGGCACCUACGCCGCUGUGCAGCAUCAACUUGGAAGCCAAGCAAGGAAGCGUCACCCGCAAGCUGAGUGAAGAGGUGAGUGUGGUGAUGUUGGGCCUGACUGAGACCGCCCAGUAUGCGGGGUCUACCAGCGGCAGCAAGGAAGAGCUCUUGGAGGACAUUAGCAAUCCCAGCAAUUGGCUGCGCGAUGCUUCCCGAAAGCUGGCCGGAUUCAGCAUUGCCAAUGGUGGUGGCAAUAUGACCGAGACCGAGUCCACCAGCACGAUGCUCGGCAACGCCACGGUCACCGUCAGCACCACCGUGACCACCGUCGUCACCAUGACGGACACCGCCACCGACACCACCGUCGUCACCGUGACGGCCACAGAUGAGGCCACCACGACGGACCUCGGCGGCGGCACCGAGGGACCCCCGGAUGCCGCCUGCCACAGCGGCCUGGCCUUCGGUGACUUGGUGAAGUCGGUCCUUGCAGUUGAUUGUUUCCUGACACACUACUGCUUCAUCAGAUCCGGAGAAUCCGCUGACACCUUGGCUUCGAGUGAGUUUGUGGACUCCUUCCAUCGAGCUUCAGCCGCUUGGGCAUCGGAUCGAGGAACUUUCAUCGAGGGAGAUCUCCAGGUUUCAUUGGCCAUGCUGAAGUCGGCACUGCUCAGCUGCUUGGCCGUGUUGGCCGUGCGCCUUACGGCCGCUUUAGCACCAGGAGAUUGCGCCUUUGUGGGAAUUUACGGAGACCAGGAUGAUUUUGCACUGGUCUUGAUGGAAGACAAUGAGGGGGAGACUCUCUUUUUGACCGAAGAGCUCCCCAGGGACCAUCACUUCCAGGUCAACAAGUUUGCGGCGGCCAAGAGUGACGUGAGCUCUGCCAAGAGGGGCAGCGUUCUUAGGAAGGCAGAUUUUGACACCGAUUCCUCGUCCUUUGUGGCUCCCACCGCCCUGACCGUCUUCAGCGGCAGCGCAGAGAGCCCCAUGGCACUCUGUAGCAUCAACCUGGAAGCGAAGCCAGGUACCGUGGCGCGGAAGUUGAACGAGGAGGUGAGCGUGGUGAUGCUCGGCUUGACGGAGACAGCGCAGUAUGCGGGCUCCACCAUUGGCAGCAAGGACCAGCUUUUGGAGGACAUCAGCAACCCCAGCAACUGGCUCCGCGACGGCCACCGAAAGCUGGCCGGAUUCAGCAUUGCCAAUGGUGGUGGCAAUAUGACCGAGACCGAGUCCACCAGCAUGAUGCUCGGCAACACGACGGUCACCGUCGCCACCACCAUGACCGACACCAUGACCGACACCAUCACCGUGACGGUCUGUUGGUGGCCCUGA